CCCCUCCCCCUCCCGUGCGCAAAGCGAGCGGUACUCUAGAGAGCAAAAGCAAACGAGCAGCUUUGGAACGGCGAGCAGAAGCUGAAGGAUGCGAACGGCUGGGCUGGAGUUGUCCUCCUUUAUUUAUUGCCAUUGCACUGCAGGAAUGUCGACGGAUGAAAUGCACGCUGGAGCGACAAGCCACACACCAGCGUGUGCUUCACAGAGCGUAGCUCAGUUUUUCUGAUCCGGAGGACACCAGAUGGGACCGUCAAAUAGGUUAUCAUCUCUUCUCUAAGAUAAGAAUCAGAGCACCCACAGUAAUGGAUGCAGUGCCAGAGUAUUCCCUUUUUCUUGUCCGGAUUUUGGAGGAACUAGACACCAAGUACAGCACUGUGUCGUAUCAGGAUCUGUGCAAAUCCCUGUGUGCCCGCUUUGACCUGGUCCACCUGGCAAAGCUGAGGAGCCUGCUGUUCUACACAGCAUGUUUGGACCCGAGUUUCCCUGCUACCCUAUUUAAAGACAAGAUGAGGUGCUCGGUGGAAGAUCAGCAGUCUAAGAAGCUUAUGGUGGCUGCGGACAUUGUCACCAUGUUCAACCUCAUCCAGAUGAAUGGAGGAAUGGCCAAAGACAAGUUGCCAAUGAGUCAUAGACCCAAGUUUCAUAAGAACCAGUCUUUUGAGUCCUGCAGGUCUGAUACAGAUGUCUAUAAGUACAAUGACUGUGAGAGAGCCUAUGACUUCCCCGACAGAAGGGGUCAUCACAUUUCACGGACGUCGCCCUGCCCCAAAUCGGAGUGCAACAACUGUCAGACAUUUAUGCCAACUUCAGACCCCAAUUUCCUCCUGGGAGUCUCCAAGGAUCUGAAAUGUAGAGCAGCAUCGCUGGAUAAGCUGCAGCAUCUGCCUCAGUAUGCCAGUGCCAGUCCACCUCCAUGUGAGAUGCAGAGCACCUACUUCCCCAUGGACAUUGACAGUGAGUCCACCACCGAUCAGGAAUCUCUGAACAUCAACCCAAGUGGCAAGGAUGUUUUCCUGCCCAACUCGGAACCUUUCACUGUGCACUCAUGCGUGCAAAAGCGGAAUAUCUUCAAGGAAGACUUUCAUAACCUUGUUGCCUUUUCUCCCCAUGUGAUCUCCACAGAGACUAAAACCAGCACCAGAGGCAGUGGAGAUUACCACAGAAGGGAGUUGCACAAGCCACCCACCUUCUUUAAUCACAGCUUUGAGCUGCCAUACAGCAACCCUUACUUUGAACCCGUCAGCUCACCCAUUCAGAAUAAAACGAAGGUGAAGCAUGAGAGUCUUGAUGACUUGCAGGCAUCCACGUAUUUUGGACCAACCACAGUCACUGAGUGUGUGAACACCAGGAGGACAUCUGGGAGACAGAGCAGGCAGCCAGCUUGGCCCGUGAAGAGUUUAAGCCUGAACACUGAGGAGGGCCCUGACUUUGAGAGGUCCUUCUUGAACAACAAGGUGCCAAAAGACAAUCACCGCCAUAACAUCAGCACCAUGGAAAACGACCAACACUUUCAGUGUGCCAAAGAGAAGUCCACAGCCUCUCCUGCAGGCUUCUCCAAGAAGUCUAAUGGGAUGAAGAUGAAGGAGAUGACCUCUGUUGCUUGCGGUCCAAAUGUAGAAAAGAGAGAAGGUGGGAAGAGGUUCAAGGACAAGAGUAUCAAUUGUCCAUCGAUCCAGGCUACUACCAUAGACAAUGGCCUUAGUGUAGGGACACAAACAGAGCAGUCUGAACAAAGGAAGCUGAAAGACUACAGCAUCCACAACAAGAAUGGUGAGAGGCCUUUCAAACACUCAGAGGAGGAUUGUGAGCUCGUAAGCGAUGACAUUAGUGACAUAUUUCGUUUCCUGGAUGAUAUGAGCGUGUGUGGUUCCAUCGGUAUCACCCAGUCAUCCUGCUACAAUAGUAAUGGCUCACUCUCUCAGGUGACCAAGUCUGAUGGUGAUAGCUCACCCGAACGCAACACGAUCAAACUGGGCAAGUCUACCAUCAAGCUCGACCGUCUCUUCCACUCUCUUGAGAACUCAGAUGAUGAGCUUAAAGCAAGUGUCUGCAAACUGGUCCUCAGGAUUGGUGAGAUUGAGAAGAAGCUUGAAUCUCUCUCAGGAGUGCGUGGAGAGAUUUCCCAGGUGCUCUCCAAGCUCACCAGGCUGGACGAAAAGAUUCAAGAACCUGAAGCAAACAGGAAAUCCGAUGAUGGCGGCAUGGCACCACAGAUCCAGACGGAUGUGAACCUGUCGCCUCAUGUAUUUCAGUGCCACACAACAGGGCACAACGUAAAAGUGGACACAAAUUCAGAGUGGUGCUGCUCGGAUGCUAGUGGCAGCGAAAGCCUUAGGGUGAAAGCACUAAAAAAGAGCAUGUUCACCCGCAGGUCAUCCAGGUCUCUGACAGAAGAGAACAGUGCCACAGAGUCCAAAGUGGCCAGCAUUACCAACUCACCUAGAGACUGGAGGACUGUCUCCUACUCUAGCCAUCCAGUGGAGGAAGUUAAGGAGAAGGACAGGCAUGGAGAAGGCAAGGAAAGACACAGGAAAGCCAAAGAGACCGAUCGACAGUAUGACCCCCACCAGGCCCACCGGUCUUCCAAGCCACCCAAGGACUCCUAUCUGGUCGAGCAGGUGUUCAGCCCCCACCAUUUCAACCCCUCUGUCAAGUCCCAUGUCAAGGGCAGCCCUCUCUACACUGACCUGCGAUUGACCAGUGUGGCAGAGGGCAAGCGUCCACAACCCUCCUGGACCAUAGAGGAAUUCAAACGCAACUCAGGAGACAAGAGCAAACUCAGUGCGCUGGACCUACAGACCCAGGAGUCUCUCAAUCCCAACAAUCUGGAGUACUGGAUGGAGGACAUCUACACACCAGGCUACGAUUCGCUGCUGAAGCGCAAGGAGGCGGAGUUUCGCAGAGCUAAAGUGUGCAAGAUUGGUGCUCUGAUCGCCGCGGCGGCCUGCACUGUGAUAUUGGUCAUCGUCGUGCCCAUUUGCACUAUGAAGACCUGAGGUCUUUUCCUAUGUUGCCAAUGAAACUUGAGCGGCCUGGUUUCGUUCAUGUAGGGAUGGUAUUUUUCGUGCCUAGAUUAGGCCGCAUUGUGGAUUUUAUGGAACAAUGGUGAAUGUACAUUCAAAGAGGACCCAUUUUUGGCUUAAUCCAGGAGAAAAGAGCUUGCCUGGACAGUCACGGAAGACACACUACAAACACAAUUCACUACUGAUUACUCUUUAAUGUUCGUCUUUUUUUUUAAUUUCCAGUAGUUUGUUCAAUAUUUGACUUGAAAACUGAUUUGUUAACAUAGACGAGCACUUUUAUGGAACAUAGAUAAUGUACUCUUGUUUUAUAACUCGUAUUUAAUGUACUGAAUCAAUCUGUUUAAAUCCUGACACCUUUAUGUUUGUUGCAAUAGACACUACAAGGAAGGAAGCAUAUAUUUUUUAUUUUACUAUGAUUCUAUGAGAGUAAUUUUUCAAUGAAUUCGAAGACAGAAUGUGACGCAGUAGAGCGAGGUUUAUCUUUUUGACAAAUCAGGAAAGUUUUAUUGGGUUUGUGCAAUGUUCUUUCUUUCCUAAGUGAAAAUAUAUUGAGAUAUGAUAAACAACUCUAUAUACAGAAGGAAAACAUGUCAGAAGAGCUGAACGUAUGAAGGGCCGUCGUGUAUUAUAUAAAAGUGAAAUGACUCCUCUGGUAAUGUUUACUCAUGUUAUUCAAUUAGCGCUGAGCUACAUAUAACUCAAAUUGAAUUGCUAAUGUAUUUACUUAGUUCAGAGAGCAAAUUGGAUUGGCACAGUAGGCCUACUGCUUCUUUUGUGAUCAUUCUUUGCCUUGUUCUUUCAGAACUACUCUUUAUUUACUUGAAGCUCCAAAUUUUUCCCAAUAGCUCAAUAUUUAGACAGGAACUGGAAUAUCAACUUUAUACGUGAUGAUGACUUCGUCUGUGUUUGUCUUUACUGGGCUGUGACUUAAGAAUGCCUUUGCACCACUGAAUGCUAAUGACCAGUUAGCAGUUAGCAUUUCUUAAAACCAGUCACUGACAUAAAAACCUGAAUUUACCUGAUUCAAAUGUGUACAUCACCUCCACAUGAAUAACGUAUAUUACACCAGGACAGUUAUGAUCAAAAGCAGCUGCAAACCGUGACUAUCAGGGACAUAAAUGUCAAAACAUGGUCAAAAAAUGAGAAAAAAAACACAAUAACUCUUAUUUCUGCUUACCUUUCUGGAAUCCAAUAGUCUGUUAACGCUAAGCUAACACUUCUGCAAUGUACAUUAACACAUAUUUUGCAUAAUAUGAAGUAGUUUUAUAUUGACUGUCUGUAAAGUAUCCAGGCAUAGAGCUGCUAUCAUUGUUUUAGUGGUUGGUAUAGUGUAGUGGGUAUCACACGGGGUUCAGUACCCUGUCUAGGAAAGCACUCUACACUACACCAAUAAGAGUCCCUGGGCAAGACUCCUAACACUACCUUCGCCUACCUGUGUAAAACUGAUCAUAUUGUUAGUCGCUCCGGAUAAGAGUGUCUGCCGACUGCUGUACAUGGAAAUGUUUUCCAUUCCUAACAACUAACUGGAACCUGGUAAUAUUCCAUCAAUGAGAUAUCUAGAACUUUCAGAAGGCCUAUAGUGACUUUUUUUUCUUAUGAAAUGGCCCCACCCAUUGUAAAUCAAAAUUUGGUUUAUUCCACUUUUAGUUCUUAAUUAUCUUAUCGGCUUAUUUGUCGUAUGAAGCCUUCGGUUUCUAAAGUCCUAACCAAUGGGAACGCUCACUUAACUGAAUCUACCUAGAUACCAUCCUGGUUGGACAAUGUUAUGUUGAGUUUUUAGCCUAAACCUUUUGUUACCAACCAAAACUUAAUAAUGAAAGUGUAGUAUUGUUGUAAACUCUGUUCAAAUACAACCAUAAUGAUUAAAAUAUCAUGAAGAAAAUGAAAUAAAAAUGAAUUACAAACAAAUGUGUGUGUUCCCAGAAAUGAUUAGGCCUUUUCUGAAGGCCUAGAAGGCUGAAGACUCUCCACUGGACUGUAAUAAGUAAAUUUAAAAGUAAGUAAACUGUGUUGUAUAUAAAAUAUUUUUGAUGCAAUGUAUUUUAUUCAUGUGGACACUACAAAGAAGGAUGCAUAUUACAAUUAAAAAAUUAUUUUGAUUAUAUUAGAUAUUUUUUAGUGAACUUACUGUCAGAAUCUUGUCAUGCAAGGUUUUUUGCUAUAAGUUUCCUCUCCAUGCUCCUUCCAAAAAAGCAUUCUUUAGUAGCAACUGUUGCUAGGUUGGACAAGCUGUAGAGGCAAACGUUACUCAAGCUAAUGAGAAACUGUAGCACACAAGAAAGAUGAGACAGGGGAUGGGAGAGUCAUGGCCACCCCACUUUUCCGAAUUAUGCAAGAUAUUUUUUUGUGGUUGGGAUGAUAGGUACAAAAGUUACAUAGUAUUAUUGAUAACAUUUUUCCAUACAGUUCCCACAGCAGUGGUUUUGUUGCAGUAUGUAGGCUUUUGCUUUCCACUGUUGGUCCCCCUCAUUUGUCAGACCAAAUUUGCAGCCCAAAUCGCAGAGAUUGCAUGCAGCUUUGUUGUGUAACCUUAUUCUCUCUUACAGCUACAGGAAAUUUCAGAGACUGAAUCAUCUGCUAACUUCAUAGUGACUUUGUGCGUUCUCUGAAGGCCUAGAAGGAAAAAUGUGGAAAUGGACAUUACAGAGACAUAUUAUAGUACUACAAGUAUUUUGACUAUAAGAAUGAUAUUUGACACUAUACAUCGUAAUUACUCAGUAAGAACUCAUAUACAGCCAUGGCUUAGCCAUUUUCCAUUGGGAUUUAAAGAUCUGAGAUCUGGUCUUACCACAUUUUUGUCACUGAGUAGCUUUUUUUAUUAUAACUAGAGACAAUAAAAGUAAUUUUAGAUUUUGCUGUAGCUAGCUGGGGUACACAUGUUUAAAUGGUUCUUUGCAUGGUGAAAUGGUUCUUCAGAUGGAGAAUGUAUUGCAUAUAUUUCUCUGUUGAACCUAUAUGCAAAUGGUUCUAAGUAGCACCAAAAAGAAUUCUUCUGUUGGUACAAACUUUACAUCGUAACCAUAGAAGAACCAUUUUUGGUGCUACAGUCCACUCCAAAUGUAGCAUUUGACAAAGUUUCUCAUCAGGUUGAAUGAGAUUUAGGCCAAUAUUUUAUAAAACUGUGAAAGAACAGCAAGCACAGAGAGGUCAGAUAAACUCACAUAUGACAGGACAUAAUGUACACAUUUGAAUCAAGCAGAUUCUGUGCAUUGCUUAUUUCAAUGCAGAGUCAAUAGAUCAAUACUGCGGUUUGAUCAAUAAAUCAGUAGUGUAGUUUGUCCACUUCUGACUGAAAUCGACAUUCACACUUGUCUUCUUUCAAUCUGAAACAGCUAAACACUAAUCUUACCGAAAUCAUUACUGGAUAUCCAACAAUGAUGCCAAUGAGAUGAAAAUACUGAGUCAGUUCUUUGCCUCUAAAUAGCUACACUUUGUUCAUAUCUGGUUUUAGAGCAUCUGCUUGUCUGCUUCGCUCUGUAGCAUAUCUCCGUAGGAUCGACACUGAGCUGGAGAGAUUUCUAGGCGUUCAAAGAGGAUCUCCAGCUAGGAGUGGGCUUUAUCUAGAGUAGGUUUCUCUCAGUAAUGUAUCCGCAUUUGUGGGGACUUACCCUAACAUCUACUUUCUUGUGAAAUCAACAGCACUUUGGCAACAGCCUUCAGUUUCUUUCUUUGAUUGUAGUUGAGAAACGUCAUCUGACCUUCAGAUUAUUAAUAGGCUGUUUUGAAUGUGACUUUCGUUUGAUGGAUUAAUAAUCUGUCGGGUGACUUUGCCUUUACCACAGGAACUGUGAGCUCUAGUACACUGUAAGAUCCUGUACAUACAAACUUCAGGUUGAAAGUGCAUCAUGUAAAAGAGGUGUAACUGGAAUAAUAUUCUAAUAAAACUCUUAUUGUUCUGACUGUU